ACGUCACAAUGGAAGCCGCAUCUGACUCGCGACAGAUGAUGAUUCUCUCAAAGAGCCUCGCGACCGAGAAGGACACAAUAUCCCCGCGUAUUUAUCAGUCUAUACGCUUGCAAAUAUACAGGAAUUAACUUUUUUUGCUCACAGACGGGGACGUAGUGGCGGUUAGGAGAUGGUUUUGCAGCAUUUCCCUAGCUAGCGACGAGCAAUUGUUCUUUCAUAACAUCAGCAAGCUGCAGUCACUGUGUACUGAAUUCUUGACUUCUGACAACAAUAAACACACACAUCACAAAGACACGGGUGCUAAAGUUAACUAUGGACUACGAAAGACCCAACGUCGAGACCAUCAAGUGUGUUGUUGUGGGAGACAAUGCCGUGGGGAAGACUCGCCUUAUUUGUGCUCGGGCCUGCAACACUACCCUUACCCAGUACCAGCUGUUGGCCACCCAUGUACCCACCGUCUGGGCCAUCGACCAGUACAGAGUCUGUCAAGAGGUCUUAGAACGUUCCAGAGAUGUUGUGGAUGACGUAAGUGUGUCCCUCCGGCUAUGGGAUACCUUUGGAGACCAUCACAAAGACAGACGCUUCGCCUACGGGAGGUCUGACGUCGUGGUUCUCUGCUUUUCCAUCGCCAAUCCCAACUCCCUACAUCAUGUUAAAUCCAUGUGGUACCUCGAGAUCAAGCACUUCUGUCCACGCACACCCGUAAUCUUGGUCGGUUGUCAGCUGGACUUGCGCUAUGCUGACCUGGAGGCAGUCAAUCGAGCUAGGCGACCAUUAUCAAGGCCCAUUAAACCUGGAGAUAUUUUGCCUCCGGAGAGUGGAAGGGAGGUAGCCAAAGAGCUUGGCAUCCCAUACUACGAGACAAGUGUUUUCGAUCAGUUUGGUAUCAAGGAUAUCUUUGACAAUGCCAUCCGAGCAGCCCUCAUCUCCAGACGCCACCUACAAUUCUGGAAGUCCCACCUGAGGAAGGUCCAGAGGCCACUGCUGCAGGCACCAUUUUUGCCACCCAAAGCCCCUCCACCACUUAUUAAGAUCCCAGAGUGCCCAACUAAAACCCGGGAUGGCCUGAGGCAGCUUCUUGAGAGCCCCCUGUGCGCUGAUGUUAUGUUCAUCAUUCAGGAAAACGUCCACUUGUUUGCCCACAGGAUCUACCUGUCUACCUCAUCGUCCAAAUUCUUCGACCUCUUUCAAAUGGACUUCUCAGAUGAGUCCCAGUGCUUGGUGGUAACUGAGCAUCACAGGCGGGAUCAACUGAUGCGCACGCUAAGCCUGGACACAGAAGAGGACGUCACCGUUCUCCCCAACCUCUCGCCUUGCUCGCUCCGGGCAUCCAAGAGUGAUGGUACCCUCAAGAUGAUGAGUUUCAGUGGGAUGCACCGGCGCACCAGGCUGUCCCUGGCCUCUUGGAGCAAGGCUUUCUACAGCAUCCACAAGGAGAACGUGCUCAACCCAGUCACGGGUACGCCGGCUCUUAUGACUGUUGUGAAGAUGGAUCAUUCCAUCCACCAUGGACCAUUCAGUGCUGUCCUACGCUUCCUCUACACUGGAGAACUGGAUGAGAAGGAGAAGGACCUGAUGAAGAUCGCCCAGAUUGCAGAAAUCCUAGAAGUGUUUGAUCUUAGGAUGAUGGUGGAGAACAUCAUGAACAAUGAGGGCUUCAUGAAUCAAGAGAUCACAAAAGCAUUCCAUGUGAGAAAGGCAAACCGAAUCAAAGAGUGUCUCGCCAAGAAUAAUUUCACAGAUGUGGUGUUCAGGUUGGAUGAUGGCACCAUUAACGCCCACAAACCACUGCUGAUUUCAAGUUGUGACUGGAUGGCUGCCUUAUUUGGGGGCUCUUUCAUGGAGAGUGCAAAUGACGAGGUCUCAUUCCCCAACACCAGCAGGGUAUGUAUGCAGGCAGUGCUCGAGUAUCUCUACACCAAUCAGCUGUCGCCCAUGGCAGACCUGGACCCAGUGGAGCUAAUCGCCCUGGCCAACAGACUGUGCCUUCCACGGCUCAUCGCCCUGACAGAGCAAUACGCCGUGAGCGAGUUAUUAAAAGCAUCUAAAGAUGGACAGGAUAUCGACGGCGAGAUACUCACCUAUCUGGAGCUUGCUCAGUUCCAUAAUGCUAUUCAACUCGCUGCCUGGUGUUUACACUACAUCUGCACCCAUUACAACAGGAUAUGUGCCAAUUACCGCAAAGAGAUCAAGUCGAAAUCGCUGGAAAACCAGGAAUAUUUUGAGAAGCACCGCUGGCCUCCGGUCUGGUAUCUGAAGGAGGAAGAUCACUAUCAGCGGGUGAAGAAGGAGAGGGAGAAAGAGGAUGUGAUUUUGAAUAAACAUCACUCGCGGCGACGCUGGUGUUUCUGGAGCACGUCCCCUGCUGUCGCUUGAGUCUUUACCAUUCUAAAGCUCAUUUUAUUUUUAAAGCUGUUAUUUUCCUUCUUUUCCAAUUUUGCUAAGAUGAAACGGGCCACACUAAAUGAGCAAUCGGUUUGAAGCACAAUCUCAAUGUCCAAUCAAUGCUGGCCAACAAAUCUGUGGAGGUGAUGUAAGCCUAUUCCUUAUGGUGUAAUAAUAAUUGUUUUAAUAAUCGAGCUGCUGUGUUGGACUUGUUUGUGUCACAGCAGUGAUCUGACUGUGUUACAUGCAUUAGAAUCUUAAAACACUAAGAGGAUUAGGGAAUCUGUUUUAUCUUGUAUUUCCUUUUUUCACUUAGGUGCUAUAUACUGUAUAUUUGCAUUAACACACUGUUAAAUGAAGUCAUCUAAGUGGAAAAUGCUCAUUAUGCCACUAAUUCUGAGCACAUGCAUUAAUCUACGAAGUUUGCAUUGUACAAUUCUACAUUCAGGCAAAUUUUGGGUAAUGUGGGAGGCCUGUGUUUUGGACAACUUAUGACCAAAAACUAAGAGCACUUGAGGUUUGGGCUUGCUGUAGAUUGUAAUAUAAUGGAUGUAGUUUGAUCAUUGUGAUUGUAAGAGCUUACAGCAUUCAGCCCUAUGUAAAUAGCAGGGACAGGAACGCAAUAGCUGCACUGUAAAAAAAUUAAGUUGAGAAAACUUAAGUUUAAGGCAACCAGCUGGAGGAGAUUUUUUUUUUUGAGUUUUCUCAACUUGUUGUUGUAUAACAAGUUCAAUUUUCAACAAGCUGAGAAAACUAAAAAUCACCUGCAGCUGGUUGCUUUAAACUUUUAAGUUUUCUCAACUUUUGAUUUUUUACAGUGUGGGUCAUUCCUGUUAUGCAGUACAUUUUGAACUCCUUUUUCAAAAACAAAACAAAUGGAUGCAUUUCUGUAAAAGAUUAUGCUAGUCUUUUUGAAAGAUGUUCUGGUAAAAACUCAGGCACUUAAAAUUUAUAAAUUAUAACUUGAUUAUUUACUCAAUGUCAAGAAACAAAAAAGUUACAGCCCCUAAAGGGUCAUGGUGUCAAAAAUAUGACAUGGUAGAAAAAAAUAUAUAUAUUUCAAUACUUCUGUGUUCACUCGCAAUAUUUUAGUUUUCGUUCCUCUAAAAAACUUUGCAUUCGCUUGCAAAGAGCGCAAAACUAUUUCCAAUUUAUCAGGAUUUUACUGUUAGUCAUUGCUUAGUGAGAUAUUGGCAGUUAGUUUUGAACUUCUUUUUUCCUUUUUUAUUUUUUGAUAUCAGUAUGAUAUACUGAUUUUUGUAAUUUCUGUAAAUGAUAAACAGGUGGAAUAUUUUAAAAUAAGACAAACCAACUAAUACCACAGAAAAUAAUUAAUCAAAUUCAUUGUUCACUGCAGUCUUUUGAUGUUUGUGUUGUUCCCAUUCAGUCGGUUCAGUCAGUACAACACAUGACUAUGGGAUGACGCUCUCUCACGCCAUUAGCUGAAGACACCUUUAUUUACGUCUGAAAGGCUAAUUCCCCUUGUUUCUCAGCUCUUCACCGUGAUGGUAGAACACCAUCACACCACAUUUACGAGAAAUACCCACAGUGGUGACCCUUGUUGAAGCAAAAGCUUCAAAAGAGAAAAAAGAGAAAAGUUAUUUAGCUCUAGUUUAGCUUUGCUAACAAAGGGCUAAUAAACUCUUUUUCAAAGCAAAAUGUCUAAACAUAAGAAGGGUUCUCGCCCCUGUCCUAUGACAUGUAUUUACUGUCAGAAAAGGAUACUCACAAGCACUGUCCGGAGUGCCCUCUAAGGCAGCGGGUGGAAGUGAGGUGAUGGAGGACACUUUCAUCAAUCUGUAUCGGAGAGCGGCAGGAGGCUGUUAGUGGGAAGUGGGUUAGUGUCAGCCCCCCUAAUGAAGCAUUCGCUUGCUGCAUACCUGGCGCCGGUUAAAAAUAGUGGCAUUGCAGGUACCCCCACUCUCCUAAUGGGUCCAUGCCGGUUCUCAUUCAAACAGCUCGGCAGGAAUUAUAGUGAUCAGGCCUGCACUGCUAGAGUGUUGAGCACCAUGUCCUUGCUGCAGACGUACCUGUACCAGGCUACCUGCUUGGUGGAACUGAGCAAGGCCGUGACAGGGGGAGGCCAUGCGACGUGCUUAUGGGGGAAGUACGGUCCACAGCCGACUACAUACUACGUGCAACAUGUUGCACGUUGGUGUCAUUGUGUCAUGCGAUGGCCAGAACAAUGGUGGCUCAGAGUCAUCUUUGGUUGACACUUGCAACCCUGCGAGAUUGGAAUGCUUUUCUUCGGUGCACCGAUCUCCCCAUCCGGUUUGUUUGGUGAGGGUCUUAAUACGUUUCAGGUGGGGUUUGAGGACUCUAAAACAAAGGCGGAAUCUCUGAGGGGCCCGACCGCCACUAGCCACCAGCCAUCUCCCUGACCGCCACCAGCCAAGAGGCCAGCCUCAGCAACAGCUCCGAGGCCCAGUGCUUGGGGAGCCGGGCCGAUGAACACACAGCCUAAACAACAGGUGAGGUCGGAAAGAAGGGAUCCGCCCCUGGGCAAAAGGGAGAUAUUUCUGUGCAGUCGUUUGGCUGGGUCUCCUCUUUAUGCAUGUGUUCCAGUGUUGGGCACUAAGCAGCGAGUUGGAUGUCACAUGUCGUUUAAACAGACGGGUGACUAUAACAGCAUUGUGUGUUCGAACUCUGAUCCCCUGGGGAAACCCGGAUCUGUUGACAGAGGGAAUUCCCCUGGGCAUGGUUUUGUCACGCGUAGUAGUAACGACAGAUGCGUCACAACAUGGAUGGGGAGCUCUGUGCAAUGGGAGCUCUGUAAGAGGGGAGUGCACAUCCUGGGCCAUCUGAAUGGUGGAGCAGACCUGCAGUCCAGAGGGGACUGCAGGUCAGGGAGUGGCGUCUGCACCCUCGGAUAGUGGUGCAGAUCUGGGAUUGCUUCGGCAGGUCCAAGGUGGAUUUUUGUGUCUACAGAAAACAUGUACUGCUGACUGUUUUUCUUUAUCACAGACAGGAAUGCCCUGCUGGGGAUGGACACCCUGUCGCAUCCAUGGCCCAGAACCCUGCUGUAUAUGUUCCCGCUGGUGGAACUGAUACAGCCCACCCUGGACAGGAGGGUCUGUCAUUAAUUUUGAUGGCUCCUUGCUGGCCAGUGAAUACAUGGUAUGCGAGCAUCAUGACGUUAUCAGGGACACUGUGGUGUCUUCCCUUAUGCAGGGACCUGCUGUCCCAGGCAGGGGGGCAGAUUCUGCACCUGCGGCCGGAGCUGUGGUCUCUAUGGACCUAGCCACUGAGAAGGAGAAUCUGAUGGCAGCGUGGCUCCCAAUCAAUGUCGUGGCAAGGGUGCUUUAUGCGUUGAAGUGGCGCAUUUAAAGCUUGGUGUGGCCGAAGGUCUUUAUUGCCGUACCAGUGCCCGAUUGGGGGGAUACUGACUUUUUUGGAGGAAUUGUUGAAGGAAGGUCACUCCAAUUCCAUGUUGAAAGUUUAUUUGGUGGACAUUUUGCCAAAUCUAUCUAUUGACUUCAUUCUUUAUGCCCUAUGUCAGAGGCUUGGUGAAGAGCUGGACUGAACAAGGGGAAUGACGUACAUGACCGCAUUUAUAUGCUGUCGGCAGGUAGCCCCUACCACGUCGACGUGUUAUUGGCCUUUCAGGUGUGAAUAAAGGUGUCUUCAGGGAAUGGCAAUGUCAAUUCUUAUAUGAUAAUGUCAACGUGUAAGGGAAUUUACAAAAGAUUAAAGGCCCGUUUACACCAAGAACAAUAACUAUAAAGAUAACUAGAACGAUAACUAUGUUAGCAUCCACACCAAUGCACAAUAACUUUAUUAUAAAUGCAAGCUGCAGUUUUGUCACCUGCCACUUUAAAUGCUCGAGCUCUUUAAGUGCAAAUUCCUUAUUUAAAAUGUAGGCAGGAUGGAUUCUGAUUGGCUUCUGUCAAUGUUUUUAUCGUUCAUCACCUAGACAAAAUCGUUGUGAAAGUGAUUCCAACGAUUUUCUGCCGGUAUCCUUAUAGAUUUGAUGAGGACUAUUAUUUUAGAACAAUUAGAAUGUAGAACAAUUUUUAGAACAAUUUUUUAAACUAAAUCUCUAUCGUUAUCGUUAUAGUUAUCCAUGGUGUGGAUGGGAUGGGAUAGUCAGAACACAUCAUAAACCUAUAAUUGAUUACAAAUUAAAACAAUAUUCUUAAUGAACAUUAUAAAAAAGAAUUUAAAAAAAAAUAAUCAACUGAAUUAAAAAAAAAAACAUAUAUAUAUACAGUAUAUAUAUAUAUAUAUAUAUAUAUAUAUAUAUAGUGUUAUUUUUAUUGAGACUAAUAGGGUUUAUUUUAAUGGUGUCUUUUAAAAAAAAUGUGUAUUUAAUAUUUUAUUCAAUAUUAAAUAGGAUGGAGAUUUCAAAUAUGCUGCAUAAUAUGAAUGACCCAGCUCUGUCCAGAUGUAAAAGGUUUUACAGGAGCUACAGUCAACUAUGAGUUAAGGCCCGUUCACACCAAGAAAGAUAACUAUAACAGUAACUAUAUUAGCGUCCACACCAACUGCGGUUAUGUUGUAUACCGCUUUAAAUGCUUGAGCUCUUUAAAUCAGGGUGGAUUCUGAUUGGCUGUCAAUGCUUUUAUCGUUCAUCAGCUGGACCAAAAAAACGUAUAUAUUUGUGGUGUGGACACUGCUAUUCUUUUACAUUCAUCUUCAUGUUUAUCGUUAUAGUUAUCAUCCUUGGUUUGAACGGGCCUUUAUUUUUCUACAUUCUCUUCCAUGUGUUGUAGCAUAAUGUUAAUCUUUACUGACAAACUACACAUUCACUUAUAAUUAGAAGGGCUUAGAAACACGGCUUAGUUCAGGGCAAACCAUAACUAACAAAACAUAAAUAAUGUAACCACUACUCACAUAUAGUACAUAUAAUACAUGAAUUCCACCAUUGUUGUGCUAGAAGUUACAUAUAUGUACUGUAGUGGAUUGUAACUUUAUUUACACAUCAAAGAUUGUCAUAGUUGUGAAAGCUAAAACGAUUUGCUGUGUCCUAUAAUGAAUAAUUAAUGUUUCGUGUUUCAUGGUAGGAUAUUAUGGUCUGUUUUCACAGGUAAAGAAUGUACUGUGGCUUUAUGUGUGAGUAUUUACUACACUCUCAAAGACAAUGAUGAUUUUUGCACGACAAAACACCCGGUCGGUGCCGAAUCCUAAACGAAACCAGACGAAUGAUGUAACUGCCUAAUAAAGGAGGAACGUUCAUACUUGAAGAAAAAUAAUAAAGUUUAGUCAUUAUAGUGUAGAUAUUCUUUAGUUUACCAAAGCAAUAUAUAGAAGAUCACAUACAUAAGAUACCAUGAUUGUUUUUUUGUUUGUAUGUUUUGUUUUGUUUUGUUUUUUCCAGUGGUAUUGGCGAAAUUGUUGUUAACUAUUGGUAGCUGCUAAAAACCAAAUGGCUGGUUCAUUUGGUUCUUGCUGUCUAAAUGCCUUUGAUCUUGCUGGUCAUUAUCUUUAAUGUUGGUUGUUUGUUUAUUUAUGUAUUUCAUUAAUUUAUUUUUUUUUAAAAAUGGAAUAUUGUUGAAUAAAUUAUUGAUUUUACUUGG